AGGAGCACGGGGGGGGAGGAGGAGGAGCACGGGGGGGAGGAGGAGCAGCGAGUGAAGCGCGGACGCGAUCGCCGUGAGCGGAGGACUCGGGGAGAGAGGGAACUCAGAGCGGGACACGCCGGGAAGGACAAGGUGGUGGAGACGAGGUGGUGGAGACGAGGUGGUGGAGACGAGGUGGUGGAGACGAGGUGGUGGAGACGAGGUGGUGGAGACGAGGCGGUGGAGACGAGGUGGAGGGGAGCAGAGAAUCCUGGAACUCUGGAACGUCUGUGGUUGAGGAGUGGAAGUCGUCACAAGGAGGAGGGAAGACUCGGGUGACGAUGGAACCCGAUCAACAUCAUCAACAACAUCAUCCACAACAACAUCAUCAUCAGCAGCAGCAUCAUCGCCGUCAUCACCGGCGCCUUCUGCUCGUGUUGCUGCUCUGCGGGAGUUGCGUCUCCUCGGCGUCCUCGGCCAGAGCUCACUUCGCAGGAAGCUGCUCGUUUGAGAAUGACCUCGCCACCUGCGGCUACUCCCAGGACCAAGAGGACGACUUUGAUUGGCUGCAGACCGGGGGUCACGACCUCACCGUGGAGGCGGGGCUGCCCUCAGGCCGCUUUGCGUUCGUGCCACUGGCCGGGAAGCCCGAGGGCUCGCGAGGCCGCCUCGCCGUGCCGCCGCUGCGCGAGAACGACACGCACUGCGUCGACUUCAGCUUCCACCUGUCGGCGGGCGGCGCCUCCUCCUCGUCCUCCUCGCCCGCGACGCUCGCGCCGGCGCUGAACGUGUACGCCCGCGUGAACGGGCGUGCGCUGGCAGGCCCCGUGUGGAACUCGAGCCAGGCGACGGGCCGCGGCUGGGUGCGCGCCGAGAUCGCCGUCAGCACCUUCUGGCCCAACAGCUACCAGGUGGUGUUUGAGGCGGUGGCGGGAAGCAGUGGCGCUGGCUUCGUUGCCGUGGACGACGUGCAGGUGCUCAGCUACCCCUGCAACAAGGCCCCCCACUUCCUGCGGUUGGGGAACGUGGAGGUGAACGCGGGGCAGAACGCGACGUUCCAGUGCAUCGCGACGGGACGGAACUCAGGGCCCACACGCCUCGCGCUGCAGCGCAGUAACGGCGAGGACGUUCCCAUGACGAGCACCAAGAUGGUGAACCACCGCCGCUUCUCCGCCUCCUUCGACAUCCGCCGCGCACGCAAGCGCGACGCCGACAAGUACCGCUGCGUGGUGCGCUCUCCCGACGGCUCCGGGGUCUCCAACUUCGCCGAACUCUUCGUCAAAGAGCCGCCGGCGCCGGUGGCCCCGCCGCAGCUGCUGGGCGUGGGAGCGACAUACCUGUGGAUCGCACUCAACGCCAACUCCAUCCUGGGAGACGGCCCCAUCGUCGUCAAGGAGGUGGAGUACCGCAUGCCGCAGGGCGCGUGGGCGGAGAUCCACCCGGUGGACACGGCGACGUACAAGCUGUGGCAGCUGGACCCCGACACGCAGUACGAGGUGCGCGUGCGGCUCACGCGGCCCGGAGAGGGCGGCGCCGGCCGCCCCGGGCCCCCCCUCAUCGCCCGCACCAAGUGCGCAGAGCCGACGCGGGCGCCGGGCCAGCUGGAGGUGUACAACGUGAAGCCGCGCCAGCUCAGCGUCGAGUGGGAGGCGCUGGGCUACAACGUGACGCGCUGCUACCGCUACAACAUCACGGCGCGCUACCGCUACGCCCGGCAAGCCGGCACCGGCACCACCGCCCUCGGCGCGCACGCGGAGGAGGUGACACUGGAGGAGGUGUGGAUGGGCUCCGAUGACUCGGUGACGAUGAUGACCCUCCAUGACCUCCCGCCCUUCACCAACGUGAGCCUGCGCCUCGUCCUCUCGAACUCCGAGGGCCGGAAGCAGAGCGAGGAGAUCACCGCGCAGACCACGGAGGACGUGCCGAGCCCGGUGGCCCUGCAGUCGUUGAAGGCGCAGAGCUUCGAGGAGAAGCUGCAGGUGCAGUGGGGGGAGCCCAGCGAGAGCAACGGGGUGAUCACGCUCUACGAGGUGUCGUACCGCGGCGUGUCCUCGUUCGACGGCGCGUUCGACGCCAGCAGCCACGGUGGGAAGGUUUACAAGUCGGGCGGCGAGCACCGGCACCUGUUUGUGGGGCUGCACCCGGGCACGCGAUACGCCGUCACCGUGCGCGCCAGCACCAGCCGCGGCUUCGGGCUGCCCACCACCACUCACUUCAGCACCAACAUCUCCGCCCCAUCCAUGCCGGACUACGAUUCGUCACGGCCGCUGGAGGAGACGGAGACGACGAUCACCGUGCUUCUCAAGCCGGCCACUGCCAAGGGCGCGCCCGUCAGCGUGUACCAGCUGGUGGUGGAGGAGACUGCGUCCCGGCGCCGGCGCAGCCACGAGCUCCCUCCUCUCCAGCGCCGGCGCCGGGCCCCGCGCCGCUCGGGCGGCUGCUUCUUGCGACCCACGGCCUACCCGUCGGGGCCCGACGGGGCCGAUGCACCGGCGGGAGCGGCACCCCGGCACUACUUUGCCGCGGAGCUGCCCCCCGGCAGCCUGCAGGUGCCCACGCCCUUCACGGUGGGCGACAACGCCACGUACGGCUCGUUCUGGAACCCGCCGCUCGACCCCGGCAAGAGCUACGACGUCUACUUUCAGGCAGUCAGCGAGGCCGGCGGGGAAGUGAAGAUCGACUGCGUCAAGGUCGCUUCCAAAGUGGCGGCGUUCACCCGCGCCCCCGCGGCGCCGGUCCCAGAGCAGCGGGCGCAGCACACGGUGCGGGUUGCCGGGAUCGUGGCCGGGGCGGUGCUCACCGUAGCGCUGCUGCUAGUGCUGGUGCUCUUCCUCAAGCGCAGGAAGCUGGCGAAGAAGCGCGGUGGUGGCGGCGGAGGCGGAAGCGGCGGAGGCGGCGGGCGGCGCCAGGAGAUGACGCUGAUGGUGAACGCGAUGGACAAGAGCUACGCGGAGCAGAGCACCAUCCUGCCCGAGGAGCCCUUCGCCUUCCUCAACGCGCACGGCACCAGCAGCAAUGCCAGCGCCAGCCGCUCCCAAACCCCGUCGCACACCGCGGAGAGCCUCGCCGCCAACCACAGAUCCCCCAAACCCUCCUCCUCCUCCUGCCCAGACGAUGGCUGUGGGGGGGCCCUCGUCGAGGCGAGCGGCUCCCAGGGCCCGUCGGGGCCCGCGCCCCCCUACCCGCACCACGGGCAGCCCCCCGUCCCCCAGCAGCUCCCCCCGCCGGGGGGAGGAGGGGGGCACGUCGCCCGCGCGCCGCACUGCCACGGGACGGGCGGGGGCCAGCGGGGGCCGCGGGCCUCGUGCCCGGCGUGGAGGGGCCCCGAGCGCGUGCCCGAGUCCCCGUACCACACGGGGCAGCUGCACCCGGCCAUCAGGGUCAACGACCUCCUGCAGCACAUCGAGCAGAUGAAGCUGGGCGAGGGCUACGGCUUCAAGGAGGAGUACGAGAGUUUCUUUGAAGGGCAGUCGGCGUCGUGGACCGUGGCCAAGCGGGAGGAGAACCGUCCCAAGAACCGCUAUGGAAACAUCAUCGCCUACGACCAUUCGCGAGUCGUGCUUCAGCCAACAAACGGAGAUCCGAGCUCCGACUACAUCAACGCCAACUACAUUGACGGCUACCACCGAACUCACCACUACAUCGCGACGCAAGGGCCCCUCCCGGAGACCGUCUACGACUUCUGGCGCAUGGUCUGGCAGGAGCACUCUGCCUCGGUGGUGAUGCUCACCAACCUGGUGGAGGUCGGGCGGGUGAAGUGCUGCAAGUACUGGGCGGACGAGUGCGAGGUUUACAACGACGUCAAGGUGACGCUCGUGGGUACUGAGAUGCUCGCCGAGUACAUCAUCCGCACUUUCAGCAUCGAGCGGGCGGGCUGCCCCGAGGUGCGCGAGGUCCGUCACUUCCACUUCACGAGCUGGCCGGACCACGGCGUGCCAUACCACGCCACGGGGCUGCUCGCGUUCGUACGCCGCGUCAAGGCGCUCAACCCGCCCGACGCGGGGCCCUGCGUCGUGCACUGCAGCGCGGGAGCAGGUCGUACGGGCUGCUUCAUGGUGAUCGACAUCACGCUGGACAUGGCGGAGAAGGAGGGCGUCGUGGACAUCUACAACUGCGUGCAGGAGCUGCGCUCGCGCCGCGUCAACACGGUGCAGACCGAGGAACAGUACGUGUUCAUCCACGACGCCAUGCUGGAGGCGUGCCCUCUGCGGCGGACACGGCCCAUCCCCGCGUCCGACUUCCGCGCGGCGUACUGCGACCUCCUGCGCCUGGAGCCGCAGAGCAGCUCCAGCCACGUCAAGGACGAGGUCCAGACCCUGCACAUGGUGACGCCGCCGCUGCGCGCCGAGGACUGCAGCAUCGCGCUGCUGCCGCGCAACCACGACAAGAGCUUCCGCGACUUCCUGCCGCCCGACCGGUGCCUGCCGUUCCUCAUCGCCAUGGACGGGGACAGCAGCAACUACGUGAACGCCGCGCUGCUCGACAGCUACUCCCAGCCGUCGGCAUUCAUCGCGACCCAGCACCCGCUGCCCAACUCCGUCAAGGAUUUCUGGCGUCUCGUCUUCGACUACCAUUGCACGGCCAUCGUCAUGCUCAACGAGCUCGACCCCACGCAGCUCUGCCCCCCAGUACUGGCCGGAGGAGGGCCUCCUGCGCCACGGCCCCAUCCAGGUGGAGUUCGCCGGCUGCUCCUCGACGGCGACAUCACCAACCGCACCUUCCGCAUCUGCAACGUGACGCGGCCGCAGGAUGGGUACCGCACGGUGCAGCACUUCCAGUACGCGGGCUGGGCGCUGCGCAAGGACGUGCCGGCCUCACGCCGCUCCUUCCUGCACCUGGUGGCACAGGUGGAGAAGUGGCAGCAGGAGUACGGUGCCGAGGGGCGCGUCCUGGCACACUGCCUUAACGGCUCGGGGCGGACCGGCCUUUUCUGCGCCGCUACCAACGUGUGCGAGAUGAUCCGAAGGCAGAACGUGGUGGACGUGUUCUGCGUGGUCAAGGCCCUGCGCAACAACAAGGCCAACAUGGUGGACCUCGCUGAGUCAGUACAGUUCUGCUACGACAUCGCCCUCGAGUACCUGGAGUCCGGAUAGACUCCGGCUACCCCAGCUCACAGAGGUCCUGACCCCGACUCAACCCGUGGUGGACAUUCCUUGGCGGGCGGCCCCACCCUGCACGCUUACACGCGAACUGCGGGGGCAACAAUGAGCUCACCAGCGCAUAAGCAUGUGAGCCGGUGAGCUCACGGGCAAGCCGGUGAGCUCAAUAGCCAAUCGGGGGGGGGGGGGGGGGGGGCAGAUGGAUGAGCCGGCGAGCUCACAGAGGAAAAUCGGGCGUGAGCCAACACCGGGAUUUGUGAACUCGCCGGAGCGAACCCCUGGGCCGGAGGGCAACCAGGCGAGUGACCUGGCAGACUUACAAGUGACCUGACGAGCUUAUGAGCAACCUGGCGAGCUUACGAGCUAUUGCUCGUGUGCUCACUGGCGAGCGGUUUGUUAUUUUGGCGGGUGGGCCACCGUCGUCGCAGCGUUGUGGCUUGACAGCUGUAGCCACCCGCGACCCCCGCACACUGCAUGCUCCAUCUCGUCGUCUCGCCGACGUGCGAGCGGCACGCUAUUUUGUAGUUGAGCGUUUACGUCGUUUGUUACGAAUCCUCGCGUCGGGGGUUUAGUUACGCGUCCCGGUUUCCAAGGCAGCUGUGCGCCGUGCCGCUUACGAAGGCCGCAAUUAGCGGAGGGGGAGUUGUGUAAUUAUAUUUCACUCGAAGUUUUGUGGAUUUUACGCAGAAAAUAACGCGUUCCGUCGGGCUCUUGACAUUUCGCUUUUUUAUACUGGUUGUAGCGCCUCGUCGUGCUUAUUGUGCAAAAUGUUAUUCAUAAAACGAGCUUUUUAACAAACGCCGACAAUUGGUAAACGCUCGGUGAGCCGGAUCACCGCAUCGUCGCCAUUCCUGAGAUGAAGCGAAGACACCAUGUUGCGGACACGACGGCGGUUUUAUUUUUAUUUUUUAUGUUUGUACAGAAUCUCUCCAAACGUGUUUACGUGCGCGCGCGGGCGAGUGUAUGCACGCCUCUCCACACGCUUGUGUUUGUGUCUCGCUGUCGCAAGAUUCGUCCACGCGAGCACCCGGAAUUCACAGCCGUCACGUCACUUCCGACGUCUUUUUUUACACUGCACAACCGAGCCGCGCCGAGCCAGCCUGGCACGGUUCCACUGGCGCCACGGUCCUUUUUCCGCCACUGACGUCAUGCGCAGUUAACGAGUGGAGAGGCACGUCGCACGCAACAAACGCAUCAUUAACCCCGCCCCUGCUUGGCCCUGAGCCACAUUUACAUGACUUAUUGCGAGGCCAGCGCAUCACGGUUUGGUCCCGGCUCAGCUAGGAUGUGCCAAUGGAAAAGGGAUAACUGAGACACUCCCCCCACGCCCCCCCCCCCCCCCCCCACUCCACCAGUUUUCGAGUGUGUGGUGCAUUUUAGUGUAAUUGGUGUGCGGGGUUUAAUUGCCACAGCCUGGGACCGUGCCGCUCUGAGCCAGCCUCACGUGGGGUGAGGCUGACUCAAAGCGGCAGCAUCAACACCAUUGUAAAUAUGACAGCAGAACCAGCACCAUCAACAGCAACAUGAGUACCAACAUCACGUGUAAUAGCAGCACCAUCACCAGGACCAAAAAAAUAUCACCGCCAUCAGCAAAUUCCGCACCAUCAUUGUCGCCAUCAUCAGCCACCAGCACUCACGGCACCAAAAGCCACCACCAGCACGGAUAGGUGCUGGCAAUGCCCCAUAACCCAAGGAAUUGCAGCGGCGCACUUUAUCUUUUGACUCCCAUCGCGUUGCAGGGUCUGGCUGCACAGCAGGAGGACAACCCCUUCUUUUUAUACUUGCAAACCACAAUACAUGAGCCACCCGUGUGCUGCUCUCCAACAAUUCGACUUACAUUUGGUGAUCCCCCCCCCCCCCACCACGGGAGGGGUGCCGGGGCGCGACCCCUCUGCUCGUCCUGUCGGAGAGGGGACGCGGAGAGGUGCGGGGAAAGAGGAGCGAGAUUCUGGAUACGUGCCACGAGCCAGAGCGCCAAGAGCAGCGCGCCUCUGGUUCCGCGUUACUCCCAGCUUCACAGCGCCGAGCCACGGCAGAGUUAGCGCAGCUAAGACCCCUGGCUGCCGGACGUUCAAAUCCACCCGGCUCCCCCACUCUCAAACCCUUGCACCUCCGUUCGUCUCCAUCCUUCGAAUCCACGGCCAACCACGUGGCCGCCGUUCAUCGAUCCCGCCCUUCAAUUUUAUUGGACACCGCUCAGCCAAUCGGGGCUUAGGCCAGCUUUCCGCAUUGACCAAUUGGAGACCCCCCACGCCGUGUUUGAGUGACAGAGACGAUUUUUAACGCGUGCGUUGCGGCGGCCAACUUGAUUCAUGACAGGGCCUUUGGGUCAGAUGGCGAUAAUUGAAAUGCGAAUCAGUUGAUCGGUGUCGCGAGCGUAGGCGUUCCCUUAUCAGCAACAAGGGUCCCCCUCUCAAAUGGCAUUUGCGUUGCUACGUAUCAUUUCCGGCAAUAUAUUUCGUCGACUUGUUUAACAUGUCCUCAAGCAGUGACAACAUACCAAAUUAAUAAUUUAAUAUGCUGUCGGUAAUUGAUAAUGUAUUACAUGCGUUUGUUAAAUAUAUUUUCGGAAAUCAAUACUGUGACUACGUCCCUUUCGUCGACACAAACACGUGGCCUGCCGCGCCGCCACGUGGCCAAACGUGGCCACUGCACGCGACGCGCGGACAAUCCUCGAUUAUUCACAGCGGACUGAUGACAUUGAUGAUCGUGAUAUCACGGUCACGGAUGAUGACGGUGACGAUGGUGAUGGUAAUGAUCAUGAGGAUGGUGAAGACCGCGACGGUGAUAAUUACCACGGUAAUAACGAUCAUGAUGAUGAUGGUGAUCAUGUUGAUGGAGAUCGUGAUGAUGAUGAUGAUUACGAGGAUCCUACAUGGCCCCUGGUGUCCCAAAGCUUUUUUUGCAAAUCGGGAUUUUGUCCCCCGUUUGAAAAUUGUCUGGCGUCAUGGUGGACUCGUGAUGCGGACCAAGGGGCGAGACUACCCGAGUAACGGGGUGAGGUGGGAGGAGGAGGGAGAUGUGAAGAGGGCAUCAGGAGGGGCAUGAGCUGUCUGACCAAAGCGAGUUGUCUUGUGGAGAGAGAGAGAGAGACACACAGAGAGCGCUCCCAGUGCGGGACGGGAGAGGACGACCACGUUCGCGCCACGUCUCUGUUCGCGUUUGGUGUCGCGCGCGUGGAUCGCGAUGUUGUGCCGGGUUCACCUCGGCCGCGGCUUUGGCGAACGAGAGAGUUUGUCGAGUCAGCAGUUCCCAUUAAAGGCGCGGACCCUGGCUCCUGG